GGCAAGUAUUGGUAGUUAGAGGUAAUAUCAAUAUAUAUACAUCUGCUGUAGUUCACAAUCUGUGCGUUGUUGGUGAUUCUUAUUAGUUGCUUUUGUGUAAAAAAAAAAUGGUGUACACAAAGGACUACAAAUUUCCCAAUGACGAGGAGCUUACCGUUGAUGAGAUUAAAGUCGGAGCACCAACACUUCAUGCGACAGGGCAGUUGCUGGGUCGCGCAUGCGAUGAACUUAGCAAGGAGUUCAUGCUGUGUCGUCUGGAGACCGUGGAUCCGCGGAAGUGUCUCGCUGAAGGUCGUGCAGUUACUGCCUGUGGAUUAAGGUUUCUUCAGCAACUAAAGAAGCACUGCGCUCAAGAGGUGAAGGAGCACGCUAACUGUUUGGAAUGGCGCUCCUACGAUAUGCACCCCCGAUUCUGUCGCAAAACGGAAGCAAUCAUGGACAAGUGUGUAUUUGAUAAUCUGGGCAUUGAAAGGCCCCAUCUUGGCUACUUUUCUGCGCCUCGAGUGCAUGAAACACAACGUCCAAAGCCGAUAGAUCCAAUCGCAGCGAGGGAAUUCAAAAAGGCCGUCUCGUUAGACGAGGCGCCGAAAGAGAUUCGCGAGGAGUCAGCUAAACACGGCCUGUUUAAGCUCUAAAGCCGUUUCAACAUUAGUUUUAUUACCGAGGUUGGUUUUCUUGUUUCGGUGCCAUCGUCAGCUGAUGGAUGCUAUAUGUGCUUUCGAAUAUCUAUUCGUGCAAGGACGUGGCUCCCUGUGAGCUGUUAUUAUGUUUUAGCUAUAAUAAACAAACAUUUCAAAAAAUAAACCGAAAACAUAUACGUAUAGGCUU